AAGAGUCCACGUUAGAUUUUUCCUCUCCCACCACCUUUUCCCCCCAUUUCCAAAACCUGAAAACACCUGCGAAAUUCCCAUCAAAAUCCAAUUUCAGUCCAAUCUAGGUUAAUUUUGCCUCAAAUUCUACUCAACUUCUUCUCUCAUGACUGUCAUAGCGCUUCCCGCCGCAAACGAGAAAGAGGACGAGGACAUGUUAGUUCCUCGAUCAGAUUUGGUGGAAGGACCUCAGCCGAUGGCAGUGGAAGCACCAGAAGCAACAGAAAAUAACGCUGCAAACCAACCAACAGAGGUUCCCCGCACAAAAAAAAUUACUUGGAAGAUUGAGAAUUUUUCUAGGAUAACUGCUAAGAGGAUCUAUUCUGGAAUAUUUGAUGUUGGUGAUUACAAAUGGCAGAUUUUAAUUUUUCCGAAGGGGAACGAUAUUGAUGCCUUAUCCAUGUAUCUGGGUGUUACUGAUUCUGCCAGUUUACCUUAUGGAUGGACUAGAUAUACCCACUUCAAAACACAAUACCAAUUCAGUGCCCGAAAAAUUGAUUGGGGCUUUGCAUCCUUUAUGCCACUUGGUGAGCUUUAUGAUCCUAGCAGGGGUUAUCUUGUCAAUGACACUUGUUUAGUUGAAGCUGAGGUUGGGGUGGACACAGCUAUGGAUCCAUGGCUAUAUGAUUCAAAGAAAGAAACUGGUUUCGUGGGACUUAAAAACCAAGGGGCUACCUGCUAUAUGAACUCUCUCCUCCAAACUCUGUACCAUAUUCCUUACUUCAGAAAGGUUGUGUACCACAUGCCUACGAAUGUUAAUGGGAAUGCCAUCUGCAAGACCCUCUGGCUAUGA